AUGGCUCUGCAGAAACUCUUCUAUAUCUCACUCUUUCUGCUAGUAUGCACAGCCAAGGAGAUCAACCCAGAAGCAGAGGCACUACUCCGAUGGAAGUCCAGUUUGAUUCGAGCCAACUCGCUGUCCUCCUGGUCGAUUUCCAGUCCCAUGUGUUCUUGGUUUGGCGUCACUUGUGACACUGCUGGACAUGUUACCGAGCUCCGUCUUCCCAUUGUGGGCCUUCAUGGUACGCUACACGCCUUAUACUCUCCAGUGCUCCAAAACCUCACCAUGCUUGACCUUAGCACAAAUAACCUUGGUGGUGUUGUCCCAGCAAAUAUCUCUCUGUUUCGCACCCUCACCGUUCUGAACUUGAGCAGCAACAAUCUUGUUGGUGCCAUCCCCUACCAACUCAGCAAGCUACCAAUGAUUAUCAAGUUAGAUUUGGGAAAUAACAACCUUACCAACCCAGAAUAUGCCAAAUUCUCACCCAUGUCCACUUUAAAGCUGUUAUCUCUAGCUAAUAACAAUCUCAGUGGUACCUUCCCACAAUUCAUCCUCAACUGCACCCAUGCGAGGAUGAGGUUCCUCGAUUUAUCAGGUAACGCCUUCACAGGGCCGUUACCAGAUUCACUGCCGGAGAUUGUCCCAAGGUUGAGGUAUCUAAAUCUGUCCAUUAAUAUAUUCUCUGGCUCCAUACCUUGCUCGCUCUCAAGGCUCCAAAAGCUAGAGAUACUAACUCUCUAG